ACGCCACCGGGCCGGUAGUGACGUCACGAGAUUUGGAAUUCGCGGGAGAACUCGUCUCCGCGUCCGGACGGGGAGAGUGCCCGCGCGCGGGACUUUCAAGCGUCUGACCCCGGGAAUUCGAGCAGGCAUGAGCCUCUGGGUGGACAAAUACCGGCCCUGCUCCUUGGGACGGCUGGACUAUCACAAGGAGCAAGCGGCCCAGCUGCGCAACCUGGUGCAGUGUGGUGAUUUUCCUCAUCUCUUAGUGUAUGGACCAUCAGGUGCUGGAAAAAAGACAAGAAUUAUGUGUAUUUUACGUGAACUUUAUGGUGUUGGAGUGGAAAAAUUAAGAAUUGAACAUCAGACCAUCACAACUCCAUCUAAAAAGAAAAUUGAAAUUAGCACUAUUGCAAGCAAUUAUCACCUUGAAGUUAAUCCCAGUGAUGCUGGAAAUAGUGACCGGGUAGUAAUUCAGGAGAUGUUGAAAACAGUGGCACAGUCACAGCAACUUGAAACAAACUCUCAAAGAGAUUUUAAAGUGGUAUUAUUGACAGAGGUUGACAAACUCACCAAAGAUGCUCAGCAUGCCUUGCGUAGAACCAUGGAAAAGUAUAUGUCCACUUGCAGACUGAUCUUGUGUUGCAAUUCUACAUCUAAAGUGAUACCACCUAUUCGUAGUAGGUGCCUGGCAGUUCGUGUGCCUGCUCCCAGGAUUGAAGAUAUUUGUCAUGUGUUAUCUACUGUGUGCAAGAAGGAAGGUCUGAAUCUUCCUUCACAACUGGCUCAUCGACUGGCAGAGAAGUCGUGCAGGAAUCUCCGAAAAGCCCUACUUAUGUGUGAAGCCUGCAGAGUGCAACAAUAUCCUUUUACUGCAGAUCAAGAAAUCCCUGAAACAGAUUGGGAGGUCUAUCUCAGGGAGACCGCCAAUGCUAUUGUCAGUCAGCAGACUCCACAAAGGCUCCUUGAAGUUCGUGGAAGACUUUAUGAGCUUCUAACUCAUUGUAUUCCUCCUGAAAUAAUAAUGAAGGGCCUUCUCUCAGAACUUUUACAUAAUUGUGAUGGACAACUGAAAGGGGAAGUGGCCCAGAUGGCCGCUUACUAUGAACAUCGUCUACAGCUCGGUAGCAAAGCCAUUUAUCACUUGGAAGCAUUUGUGGCCAAAUUUAUGGCACUUUAUAAGAAGUUCAUGGAGGAUGGAUUGGAAGGCAUGAUGUUUUGACAUCUUGAGGUCUAUCCUUAAUUGUUCCUAAUAUUUCUCAGUAUCAGCAUUUACAUUCAGUUUAUAUUGGAAGAGCUGCAGGUAAAAUAAACUAACUUUACUUA